AUGUUCACAUUUGUCGAAAAUCCUUCGCUCGUCCCAUCAAAUGUAGCAGUGGCGUCUACUGACGAGCAAUACUAUUUGGAUUACUCGAACAACGAACAUCAAAAUCACGAUCCGAAUAGUUUUAUGGACUCUGAGGAUCCAAUUUGGGAUCCUAUGAUUUGGGCCUUGUGCAAUGAGCCCAUAAACUCUGUUUCGACCAAUUUACAGGGAGAAGGCACAAGCGGCAAUAAUGGCAAUUUUAAUAUUGAUAAUGUUAUUCCAAUGCCGCUCUCAGUUUCUCAUGUUCCGUCGACUCAAUAUAAUUGCACUUGCUGUCAGAUACUCAGAGAGAUUACUCAUUCUAAUGGCAAUACAAUAGGCGUGAACGUGAAGAGGCUUGAGAUUCAUGGGAGAUUUGGAGUGAUAAUGCACGCGAUUCUCGGGAUAUAUGAGUUAAAUUCAUCUUUACAGUGCCAGGACACACAAAUCUUUCGAAACGAGAGUACGCAAAUGGUGAAGAAGUUCAUGGUACAAUACUUUGAAGCUUGCAAGCGAGAGGGGUACAACAUUGUACAAGAUCCUCUCUCGCCGUUUUAUGAAGCCCUUUGCGUUGGUCUGAACGAAUCUGACAAUCUCGAUGAUUUUCUUCAGUCUUCGCCGGAUAAUGAAGGCGACUACCAAAAUUGCCCCCAGGAACCUUUGCAAGAGCCCGAAGGCGAAAGCAAUCAAAUGGGGUCUACGAAAAUACCCCUCUCAAUGCAGAGGGAAAGAACUCGAAACUUGAGGAUGAAGGACUUUGUGCAGUACUCUGAUCUUCCAAUAGAAUACGCUGCCCGAAAAAUGAAUCUGUGCCCAACGGUCGUGAAGAAAAUAUGCCGCAAGAAUGGGGUGGAGAGAUGGCCUUACAGAAAGAUAAAAAGCUUAAGGAGAAAAUUAUCCAAGAAAAAGAAAAUCUUGGAUUCAGCAAGUGAUGCCAAGGAAAGAGCUCAGGCUCUGAAGGAUAUACAAGAGCAUGAGGAGGAACUUGCUGAGAUUUAUAUACCAUUCAAUAAGUAG